AUGUACAGGUCCGUCUUAGGUGAAGACGAGUACAAGCGAAUCAAGGCGGAGAGCCCUACCGGAAUCGAUAUUCUUCACCACAUCGAGUCGUGGAGUCCAGAUAAACAGCAGAAGGCAUAUGAAACCAUCGCUGAUUACGAGAAACAAGGAAUUGAUAAGCUCCAAAUCAUGCCCGGUGCUGCUGAGCUUUGUGGCUUUCUUGAUUCCAAGAAGAUAAAGAAGGGGCUAAUUACACACAACGUUAAGAAGGCGAUUGAUAUCUUCCACCAACGUUUUGAGGUUCAUUUUUCUCCAGCACUAGGCAGAGAGUUUCGUCCAUAUAAACCAAACCCUGACCCUCUGCUGCAUAUAUGUUCUUCAUGUGACAUCCCACCUAACGAAGUCAUGAUGGUUGGUGACAACUUGAAAGAUGAUAUAGCAUGUGGGAAACGAGCUGGAGCCUUCACAUGUUUGCUAGAUGAAACCGGAAGGUAUGUACCAGAUGAUUUCUCUGUUACCGGACUGCAUCCUGAUUAUAAGGUUGAUUCCCUGUUCAAAAUUCACAACGUAUUGGAGACAAACUUCGACCUGAGCCCAUAA